CGACGCGACAAAAGUAAGGCAUGUCAGAUAACCAAUGCACACUCAGACAUACUGACCACAUGGAUAAUAAAGUAAACGAUCCAGUUUGACGCGUCGUGUCUCAAGCAGUGUAGAUGGGGCGUGAGGAAACACGCCGCACAGCGCUCGCUUGCCAGUCCGCUGGCUGACGUCACCCCGGCGAGCGCCCCAUAGAUGUGAGAGUACAGUGACAGCGCUUCGUCCACUGUACGCAAGAGCGAUCUCAGGCAUAUACACGAGAAACAGCAGAAGAGCACGCAAUGUGACUAGACAACAUUCCGCUUUAUUUUCAAGCCGCCAUCCGCCCUAUACUCAUCCAACAUUGUUAAACGGGGUACAUUCACUGGAAAAAAACCUCCGUUCAUAUUAUCAACCAGGUGUUCAUUGCUCUUUUGUGGUCCGGGGAUCAUUGGGAUAUUUAAAAGAAAAAACUAAAGGCUUAAGCAGAGAUUCAAUAACUGGAUUGGUUGUGGAACAAUAGACGAUCGCGUAAUCUGGAUAUUAAUUUUUACUCUGGGAUUAUUGCCUCAUCAUCAUGAAUACGAGUGUACCCUAUCCGCAAAGCUCGUGCGGCAGUGAACGGAGCUCUGGACCAAUCCGCUGCUUUCGCUGCCGGGAAGUGUGUAAAGGGGAGGUGGUUCGAGUGCAGAGUGUCCACUUUCACAUCAAAUGUUUCACCUGCCAAGUUUGUGGUUGUGACUUGGCACAUUCCGGAUUCUUCCAGAAGGGUGGCGAGUACAUCUGUACAGCAGACUACCAGCGGCUAUAUGGCACAAAGUGUGACAGCUGUGGGGACUUUAUCUCAGGGGAGGUGGUCUCCGCUCUGGGACGCACAUAUCAUCCACAGUGCUUCGUCUGCAGCGUGUGCAGGAAACCUUUUCCAAUUGGAGACAGAGUUACAUUCAGUGGCAAAGACUGUGUCUGUCAGCAGUGCUCUCUCAAGAUGGUUAAUGAGCCAGUCAAAAUCCACGGGCCCAGUCAAUGUGCAGGUUGUAAGGAGGAGAUCAAACAGGGUCAGUCUCUCCUGGCGUUAGAGAAACAAUGGCACGUUAGCUGCUUCAGGUGUCAGACAUGCGGCAUGGUGCUGACGGGCGAGUACAUCAGCAAAGAUGGCAUUCCUUACUGUGAGUCAGACUACCACGCCCAGUUCGGGAUUAAGUGUGAAACUUGCAACAGAUACAUUAGUGGACGAGUGCUGGAGGCUGGAGGGAAGCACUAUCACCCCACCUGUGCUCGCUGUGCUCGGUGUCAGAUGAUGUUUACAGAAGGAGAGGAGAUGUACCUUACAGGUUCAGAGGUAUGGCAUCCUGUGUGCAAACAGGCAUCUCGAACAGAGCGGAAACUUCGACUCAGGCGCACAUCAGAAACCUCCAUCUCUCCUCCAGGCUCCAGCAUAAGUUCACCCAGCAGGGUCAUCUGUGCGAAAAUGGAGGAUGAGAUCCUUGAUUACAAAGACUUGGCAGCGCUGCCUAAAGUUAAAGCCAUAUAUGACGUGCAGAGGCCGGACCUCUGGUCCUAUGAGCCCAGUCACAGAUACUGCUCCGAUGACAGGCUAGAGCGACUCAGCUAUGGGGAGUCUUUGGGCACACUCUCCCCUUAUUCUCAGGACAUGUAUGACGGUAUGGACAUGAGGUUAAGAAGAUCAUCCAGUCCAGGGUACAUAGACUCCCCCACCUACAGCAGACAGGGCAUGUCUCCCAUCAUGCCUCGCUCACCACAACACUACUAUAGAUAUGGCACUGAGAGUGGCAGAAGUUCACCCUAUUACAAUCAGCUAGAUGCCCGGCCCGGCACGCCCACCACAAACCAAGCUCCCAAGCAUUUCCAUGUGCCAGCCACAGGGGAGCCCAACAUCUACAGGAAGCCCCCCAUCUAUAAGAGACAUGACAAUCACUGCAAUCCAGCGACUAAGAGCAAGACCAGUGAGGACAUCCUUCAUUCCUCCAAAUUUACAUCAGCCUACUCGCCUGAACACUACCAGCACUCUGAUUACUAUCAUUACGCCAGCUCUCCUAAAUCUUUACGGGCUCCUCGGAGAAGAUAUUCAUCAGGUGGAGAAGAGGAUGGCUGGGGUCACGGUCUUCAAAGAAUUCAGGGUGGCAUCGGUAGGUUGAUCCUGAAGGAAGAGAUGAAAGCCCGUUCUGGUUCCUAUGACAACGACCCCUGGGGCAGCGCGCAGAACUCCCGCAGUGGGAGCAGGGAGAUGUUGCACAGCAUGGGCCACAACAACACUGUUAACGGCUCUCCUCGGACAAACUUUGCAGCAGAUGACUACAUAUCCAAGUCAGCCUCUUUACCAGGAUAUGGCAGGAAUGGAUUGCACAGGCCACAAAGUGCCGACUACUAUCAGUAUGACAGCGGCAGUGAAGUCAACUGGGGAAUCAGAGCAGAGUACAAGGUCUACCCAUACGAAGCUCUUCUAGUGACCACAAGGGGGCGUAACAGGUUGCCAAAGGACGUAGAUCGGGCCAGAUUGGAGCGACAUCUUUCCCCUGAAGAGUUUUAUCAGGUGUUUGGAAUGACAAUGGCCGAGUUUGACCGACUGGCACUGUGGAAGAGGAAUGAGAUGAAGAAACAAGCCAGACUGUUCUAACUUUCGAAUUCCACACACAGAGACCCGAAUACCUGUUCCAGUCAAACUAAACAAACGCAUCCUAAUUCUCCAACAAAAAAUCAUGCAUCGACUGCACCUUCGAAUUGUGCAAUUGUGCCAUUUGAUGGGAGCAUAUAAAUGAAUAGACAGUCUAGAACACCAUAUGAAGGAACAUAGGGAUUUUAUUUAUUGUAUUUACUUGAGUAAAGCGGUUUGAGACACAUUUGAAAUUGAAUUAUGCCUUAUGUUCUCUGUUUAUUUAUGCACCAGCAAAGUGAGUGAACAGAAUGUAGAUAUAAUUAUUAUGAUGAAUCAGUGAAUGAUGUGACAACAUCCAUCUUAAGAUCACCAUUUAAACAAUGUAAUAUUUAAUUUUAAAUAAUAUUUUUCAGUCAUUUUAUUUCACUAUUGUACCAGAACUACAUAAGCUUGGAUGGGGUAAAAUCAUAGCGAUGAUUUGCUCGACAAUGAAUACCAAAGUUUGACUGUUAUUGUAAAGUUAGCAGAUGAAAUUGAGCGCAGUUUGGUGCUGUGCUUUGUUCAGGUCAUUUCCAUGAAGUAAUGAGCACUGAAUGUAUACUUUUCUCACAAAAGGAUUUAGGAUUAUUAGAAUAAGUAUGCUGAAACCUACAUUGAAUAUUGUGAUGGUAGAAAUACAUAUGUUUAAGGAAAAAACAGAUACUUUAAAAGAAUUAUGGUGCAAUGCUUUUUUUCUCCAAAUGUUAUACUCUUGUAAAAAAAAAGGUUUGUUAGACUAAGACAGUUCACUUUUUUAAAAAAAUGCUGUGAUACCUUAAAUGAGUUUGGUGAUUUCUGUCACAUGAUUUGAUAACAUUGAUGCAGAGGGAGUAAAUAUAUAGUUCGUAUGGACAAUGACAGGGAUAGCAUGUUCAUCAUCGCAUAAUAUCUGACAUGUGAGCAUAACAGCAAGUGACCAUUAACAAACUGUAACAUUCAUUUGGACCUAAAAGUAAUCAUGGGUUUCAUCCUCAACAGAUUACUGUAGCUUUGUACCUCACUGACAGGUGAAACAGGUGACACCAUCAUGUUUUCUGCCUUGUGUGUAGUGUUUACAACCUGUUUGCCCAAUAGAUUGUUUUAUGAAGUGUUCAAUUAAUUUCAUAGUGAAGGAAGAGAGUUAGACUAUAAUCAUAUUUUUGAUUCCCUCUUUUUUAAUUACUACUGCUACCUUCCUAACUUUAUUUAUCUCUCGGUUUCAAAAGACUAUGUACAUCUUAUACUGCAAUAAAAGUUUGUUUUCUUGUGUA